UUAGUCCCAAAAGAAUCAGAGCCUUUCCGGUUGGGAGUUAGUCCAAACACUCAUCUCAUAGGUCACCCUAACGUGCCCGGAGGUCCUUCCAGCCCGCCAGCAGCUCGUAUGCACUCAGGUCUGAAGGCCUGUCCUAGUCUACAACAUCACCAACAGCAGCAACAGCAACAGCUAUCUGGUCAAUCAGCUGGGUUACGAGGCUCUCCUGGUCUCGUCUCGGGCCCUGACAAUCAAGCUACCCAAUAUAUAUCACAUCAUCAACAUCAACAACAAGCUCAGUUAAUUGGCCAUCCUGGUGGUGGAAUGCACAUGCCCAUGCACUUUCAGCAGCAUAAGCAGAAUUCACAAUCUGGAGUGGUCAUGAGUCAGGCAAACAUGGUUGUGUCCGGACAGCAGAUGCACGGCUCUUUGCAGUCUACUGGCAUGGCAUUCAUUUUGCACUUUGCUCAACAGAGUCAUUUGUUCCCUGGUGGUUCCAAUAGCCAAUUACUAACCAUUAGUCAGAACCCCUGUUCUGCAACGCCUCCUAUUUCUGCGGCUCCGACUGGUCUUCCGCCACCCUCCGUUUCGCCCUCAAUCACCUCCACUCCUCCUUUAUCAACAGGCCUAGUUUUGUCUGCACAACCAGGCUCGAGUAUGGGUCAUAAUUCGACUAUCUGUCCUAACCCGACGCCUGUUUCUACUGGUUCUUUGGCCCCUCCCGGACUACUUGGGCUCAACAUGGGCUUGCCACACUCACUUGGUAGAUCUAUGGGGCCUGUGGUUACAUCAUCAAAUGCAACGCCCCCUCCUACACUCCCAGCAUCUCAACAACAGCAACAAGCUAGGGGGGCUUCCAGAAUUCCUCAGUCCGGACCCUCAGGCCAAUGGCAAGCGAUGCAAACUCACUCCUCACCCGCUAAGCUAUCGAUGCAGCAUCGUGCUUCUGGGCAAAUGCAACAACAACAACAACAACAGCAACAGCAACAACCUUCUGGUCUUCAGACAAAUGUGAGCCACAAUUUCUACUUAAAUAUUAUUUUAUUCCUUUUGUCGUAUGCUUUGCUUUCGAUUAUUAUCUCUUGGAUUUUACUGUAUCCUAUACGAUCUAAAAUAUACCUAGUUAAAAAAAAUGGUUCUGAAAACUAUCGAUGUCCAUGGCCAAUAAACCAAAAGAAAUAA